CCCCGCCCCGCCCCGCUCGCCGCCGCCGCUGCAGGAGGAGGAGGAGCAGCUGCUGUCGCCUCUGGCCGCCCCGGGCGCAGGCGUGCCCAUCCGCCACAGACAACCAUGUCCUACGUUUUUGUCAACGACUCUUCACAGACUAACGUGCCCCUGCUUCAGGCCUGCAUUGAUGGAGACUUCACCUAUUCCAAGCGGCUUUUGGAAAGUGGCUUCGACCCAAACAUCCGCGACAGCAGGGGCAGGACAGGCCUCCACUUGGCCGCGGCGCGAGGGAACGUGGACAUCUGCCAGCUGCUGCACAAGUUUGGAGCCGACCCUCUGGCCACGGAUUACCAGGGGAACACGGCCCUCCACCUGUGUGGCCACGUGGACACCAUCCAGUUCCUAGUGUCCAACGGACUCAAGAUCGAUAUUUGCAAUCAUCAAGGUGCUACCCCCUUAGUUCUGGCGAAGCGCCGGGGCGUGAAUAAAGACGUCAUCCGAUUGCUGGAGUCUUUGGAAGAGCAGGAGGUGAAAGGCUUUAACAGAGGUGCGCACUCGAAGCUGGAGACCAUGCAGACGGCGGAGAGCGAAAGCGCCAUGGAGAGCCACUCCCUGCUCAAUCCCAACCUCCAGCAAGGGGAAGGCGUCCUGUCCAGCUUCCGGACCACGUGGCAGGAGUUUGUGGAGGACCUGGGCUUCUGGAGGGUCUUGCUCUUGAUCUUGGUCAUCGCUUUGCUCUCUCUGGGCAUCGCCUACUACGUGAGCGGGGUGCUGCCCUUCGUGGACAACCAACCUGAGCUGGUGCAUUGAGGGCUCAGGGAGAUGAGGCAAGGGGCUGCCAGGGUUGCUUUUUGGUCGGUUCUUAGAGUAUUUCUUAGCGCCAAGCAGCGAGGGCUGUUUUCAUUUUGGAUUUUUACUUGCUGCAACCCUUUGAGAAGACUGAUGUGUCCCUUUGAACUUCGGCUGUGGUUGGUUAGGCUGCGUCCGGAUGCUACCUCUGACACAGCCUGCCACUGAAGACUAUCCCCAGGCUUGUGUGAUCAAAUGUGGCCAUGACCAGAACUCCAGGCAGAGGCAGAGGCAGGCAUGAGGUCCCCCAGCAGGGACCAGACCUGAGGGAGGAAUAGUGACCACUGGAAAGCAGGCUGUUCGUUCUGUGACUCCAUUUUCUUAGUGGAUUUGUUUUCUCUCAGUUUCUGUAAGAGCCCUGUUCUGUUUUUAUUUACUUUCCUGGGGAAGAGGAGAGAGUGAACACUUUCAACUUCCAUUUUUAAUUUUUGUCCCCCACAACCUAAACGGCAAAUUAGAACUGUUAGAAACUUUGAAUUUUAAAGGGUGUUUUGAAGCUAGUCAGACAGCAGGUGGGUUAGAAAGUUAGCUGUCUUUUCUCUAACACGGAUUGAUUUGAUCUGACGUGUGGUUGCUGUGGGACAAUUUUGAUUCAUUCUACACUGGCCAUUUGCAGUGUCUGUGUAAAUUAGCUUGUGGAGUUCACUCCCCCUCAAUUCCAGAUCUCCUCCCAUUCUUACCUUUGAGAUGCCCAGUUCAGAGACACAUCAGGAAAUCCUUUGCAGUGACUAGUCAGUAGAGAAAAGGAAUCCUCCCCUCCAGUGUCACAACAGUCCUUUGUAGUGACUAGUCAGUGGAGAAAAGGAAUCCUCCCCUCCAGUGUCACAACAGUGAGACUUAGUCCUGUGAGCCAGCUGUGUCAUCACAACUAACCUUUGGUCCUAGCUACGCCGUCCUGGUCAGCAAGUGUCUGGCAGUGGGAGUGAGGGAGUAUUUCUGAGUUGAGGGCUCUGAGCAAUAUGGCGCUGGUGUCAUAGUGUCAGUCUGCUGCUACGUAUCGAUGCGCUAUGUGAAUAGGAACCUGGACCCCAAACGAUGCUGUAUCUUCUAACAGUGUGAUUGACAGCCCCCUUUGUCUGUGCUUCUGUAAUAUAGAAACCGUGUUUAUGUUAUUAUGGAGUGUGGAGGCUUAAUACCUUUUCACUGAGUAAAAUCUGAAGCCCACGGUGAAGAACUAAUGCAUUUGUUUUCUGCAGCAAUGCGCCAGCAGCUGACUGUGUAGAGUGGGCCCUCUGCCAGCCUCUGGCUUGCGGACAUUUCCCUCUGCUUUGACAUCCCAGGCAUGGGCACGUCUCUUUCACCUGGCUUUAUCCCAGCUGAAGGGACGGCUUACAGUCCUGACUGGCUGCCCCGGAGCCAGCCCGCAGAGCCUUGCUCUCUCUCUCUUCACGUCACGUGGUGGAAUGCCAGGAGGGAAUGCCCGAGGACAGGAGAGCUCGGGUUCACAGAGUUAGAAUGGAAUGCUUCACAAGUGGUUUUCCCGCCGUAAACUAAGCGUGUGUAAUAUGGACGUGUGCUGGUGUAAGACCCCUGCUUCCCGCCACGGGCUGGCUCCUUUACGUUGUGCUCUGCAUUACUCACUCGGCAAUGCCACCAAUAAAUGCGUUUAUAAAUCCUUA